AUGAGUAUGUGGAAUUUAAGCGGUAUGCUUUUUAUUGCAAGUAUAUUAUUUAUACAAUUGAGUAUUACAUAUGCGCAAGGUGGUGCAUGUACUGCAUUAGCAGUAGCAACUUGUGCUCCACAUACAUGUGUUCAAACCGGUACCGUAUUUUCAUGUCUCUGUCCAGAUUUUUCAUUGGCACCAAGUGCAGCUAGUUGUCCUGGUACUUUAGUACCAACAUUAGCUCCACCUAUUAUUGGAGCUCAAUGUGGUUUAACUACAUGUCCAGCUGGUGCUACGUGCAUAUUAACAAAUCAAAAUCCAGCACAAUAUGUAUGUAUUUGUCCAAAUGGUGUUAUUGCUAAUCCAUAUUGUCCAACAACAGUACCAACUAACACAUGUCUCUAUAAUAACCCAUGUGCAAACGGCGGAACGUGUGUGUUUAAUCAACUUACACAGCAAGCUGUUUGUAUCUGUCCACCAAAUACAUAUGGUGCAAAUUGUGCGACUUACUGUAGUCCAACAUGUGCUUAUAACUGGUGUUAUAAUGGCGGUCAAUGUACGAACGUAUACGGUCAAGCAUACUGUUCAUGUCCACAAAAUUAUCGUGGUCGACGAUGCGAACUUCGUUAUAGUCCUUAUAAUUACGUCUAUUUAUAUCAAAGUCCAUAUUAUUAUGAAGAAGUGUAUUUAAAUCUCGUGCUUGAAUUUAUCCCGGAAACGGUCUAUCGUGUAGCACGACAUUAUACAAAACAGAAGCAAACCAUUCCGCUACUUUAUGUCAAAUUGUAUAUGUACCAAUUAUUUCGUGCAUUGGCUUAUAUACAUUCAUUUGGAAUUUGUCAUAGAGACAUUAAACCACAAAAUUUAUUACUGGAUCCCGAAACAUCUAUAUUAAAAUUAUGCGAUUUUGGAAGUGCAAAACAAUUAAUAAAAGGUGAACCAAAUGUUUCAUACAUUUGUUCGCGUUAUUAUCGUGCACCGGAAUUAAUAUUUGGCGCAAUUGAUUAUACAUGUUAUAUAGAUGUUUGGUCAUCUGGAUGUGUUUUUGCUGAGCUUCUUCUUGGUCAACCGAUAUUUCCAGGUGAAAGUGGAGUCGAUCAAUUAGUAGAAAUUAUAAAAGUAUUAGGUACACCGACUCGUGAACAGAUUCGACAAAUGAAUCCGAAUUAUCAAGAAUUUCGUUUUCCACAGAUAAAAGCACAUCCAUGGAAUAAGGUUUUUCGUAAUCGCACACCACCGAUGGCAAUUGAUUUAGUAUGUCGUUUACUCGAUUAUACACCAGCAACUCGUUUAACACCACUUGAAGCUUGUGCUCAUGCAUUCUUUGAUGAAUUACGUGAUCCAGAUACACGAUUAACUAACGGUUCUCUUCCACUACUUUUUAAUUUUAGCCAACAAGAACUAAAUAUUAAUCCAUCGCUCAAUUCUCGUUUAAUUCCUGCACAUAUGCAAGGUCAACAAACAGUAAUAGCUAGUGGUGGAACAUCAUCAAAUUCAACAGUUAAUACUUCAACUUCAAAUGCCGAUAAUGGGAGUAAUAGUACAACAGGAACAUCAUUGACAACACCUACUAGCAAUGAUAAACUUGUAGCAACUACGAAUCGUUCAAAUAAUAGUCCACCACCUUCGACUGUAUCAACAGCAGUAGCAGCAGCAACGAACGUUAAUGGACCAACUGAAGGUGAUAUUAUGAACAGCCUCGAUGAACAGACGGCAACUGGCGGUGAUUCAAUAAAUAAAGAUCAUUCUUAA